AUGAAGUUGGGUAUAUUGUUUAUCGGAUUAGUGGCUUUGGUCCAUCAUAGUAGUGCAAUCGGAUGCAGCAGCUGCUCUAGCUGCCACGGCUCAUACGGGCACUAUCAUGAGGAGCACCAUGGUGGAUGUGGAUUCCGUUUUCCUUGUCGUAAACAAUGUAACACGGAGGAAUUACCUCAGUCGGAUUGGUGUGGCAAUACAGGCCACCAUUGCGUCCCUUUGGUUGUCAGACCACACGAUCUUCCCAAACCUAACGUAAAUCCAGGAGUGGAAGUCGAUUUGUCUUGCGUCAAGCCAAACCCAUGCGCGAUCAAAAAGGCCAUCGUUAAACCAGCAGUCUUACCCAAGCCAGUUUGCAAACAUCACCAUCGCCAAAGUUGUGGAUGUGAUAACCAUCACCAACACCACUCUUGCUGUGGAUCACUGCACGGUAGUGGUCCUUGCUACGGACACGGACCUAUCAUUCCUCACGGUGGAGUUAUUGGAUCUAACGGAAAUCUUAGAGGAUCCGGAAUAGUAGGUAUAUCCGGAGGACCAGGAGCCCCAGGUUAUGGAUAUGGUCCCUUAUCUCCCGCUGACUCAGUUUCUUUAGAUCUCGCAUAUAAACUAGCAAGAGAAGCUGAUCUCGUAAGAUUACAAAGCGAAGACAAACUUAACUUCGGUUUCAGAAAGAUCCCCAUCGAACUUCCUCCCAAGAAGAUAAUCAAAGCUAACGUACCUGAAGAAGGAAUCUUCAACUUGAACGGACAAAUCGUCGAAUUGACACCAAUAAGAGCUUCAGCAGGCAACAGUCCAGCUGCUUUGGCUGAAGAAGCAGCCGAACAAUUGUUAGCUCUUGAAGAGGAGGAAGCAGAGGCCCUCGCCAACGGAGGAUCCGAAGCACAAUUGGGAGUACAAUGUCCAAUCAGAAAAGUAGCUCUUUGCGAAAUUGGAUACAAAGUAGCUAAACCACCCAAACCUUGCUUUACCGAAGUACCAGCCUGCAAGGCCACAUGUCACGGAGAUGUCUCAACCAACUGCGGAUGCGGUCACUAUGGCCAACAUGGCCAUCACCACCAUGGUUGCGGUGGCCACGCGUGCGGUCAAAUCGGCGGAUGCGUAUCCUGCGGUGGCCACAAAUGCGAUUGCAAGAUCAUUCCGGGAGAUGUCAAAUACGAGUGCAAGCCUAAACCACAACAAAUCUGCUUGAAACCACCAGUGGUUCCAGACAGCUGCGAAUCUGCUGAAAUCGAAAUCGAAGAAGAUGAUGGCCACCAGGUUAAGUGUGCAUGCGUUCCGGUUUGCGUCAAGCAGCAUCACUGCAAUCACUCGUGCAAGAAAACUUGCGUCACCAUUGAAAAACUAUGUUAA